AUGGUUAUUAGCUUCGACCGGUACUUAGCGGUGUGUUUCCCCGUCCACCGCCGACCAACAGUGCGUCGAGCCGUCAUCAUUGUCAUGUUCACCUAUCUGCUGGUGUUUAUAAUAAUAACACCUACUAUUGUCGUGGUACACUACGACGACUUCAUCAAAGACUGCAUGUAUAGGUCGGAUAUCAAUUGGUUCACUCAGUGGGACAAGUACUUCGGACAGGGGUAUGUCAUGACUUGUGUCUUUACUUCGUUCUUGUUAUAUUGUCGGGUCAUCUUCGUCCUUCGUCGCCUGUCGAAGGUUCACGCAAGGCUUGUCACCAAUAUAACUAGCAGAAUAGCACCUCCAAGUACCAGCAUGGCUGUAAGUCAAAUUGAGUAUAUCAAAGGACCGAAAACGGCGACAUCAUCUAGCAUUUGCAACGAAGGUGGACAGACAGCUGGUCCAAAGACACUGAACGAGGAUGGAGUUGGACAGACAAAAAACCAAACAGAUCAAUCUGUUGUUCACACCGCUUUAGGCAGCAUGCACUCGGAAAGCCUCGAUGAAUCUCAGGCAAACGGUUUACCAGUUCUCACAAAUCAUGGAUCCCCGCAAACUGGAAAUGUUGAGGUCGUCUCUGGCAAACAUCGUAAGACGACCGCUCUUCCCGACGCGACAGAUGCAGCACCGGUCAUCGUUGUAGCCUCAUCACAAACGGAAACAAAAUAUGAUCAGAAUGCCAACAUUCGACUGUCAGAAAAGAAACUGACUUUAAUGCUCGGCACCAUCACUGGUAUUUACCUUAUCAGCAUGAUUCCGCUGCUAAUCGGUCGAUAUAUACCCAUCGAGACCCGACGAGCCUUCAUGAACCGGUCCGAUGUGCAUCAUACCAUUUAUGCCAUCGUAUUUCGCCUCUAUGAAAUCAACUCAAUCAUCAACGUAUUCGUCUACUGGCAAUUGAACAGAGGCUUUCGUCAAGAUUGUAAAGAGAUGUUCAGACAAGUCAAGCGGGCCAUCUUCAAGAAGUAG